AUGCAGGCCAUUCUGGCCGGGGUCAGCUCAAACGUAGCAGAUGCCCUUGCUGCCUCGUCACUGCCUGGGGCUCCGUCCUAUGUAGCCUCAGCUGGCUUCCCGACCAGCGCCUUCUCAUCUUAUUAUUAUCUUCCUGCAGAACCAACCCAAGAGCCGCAACCGAUCAUUCAUGACCCUAUCUUAAAUAUCACAUUCCCUUAUGACUUGACGAAUCCUGAUACUAUCCCUAAGGACAAUAACGACCCCGUCUACUUCCCAGAGCCAUCUGCGAACUUAUCGGAGCAUCAACAGCAGGCAUUGGUUCACGGAGUAGUGGCCAAUGUUACCCGCAUCAUCACUGCGAACAAUACGAACAGUAACUGCACCACUUGCAAGGCAGCUUUGGCCGCGGCUAAGCCGGCUGCUUUGUUUGCGCCUGUAUUAGUGCCCGAAACGUUGAUCGCUCUAUGUAAAAAGUUCAAGUUCGCUUCAGACGAUGCAUGUGAAGAAAAAUAUACGGCGGGUGUCUUUGGCGCGAUCUGGACUCAGGUUCUAGCUAUGCAGACUCAGCCUGUGACGAGCCCGUUAAAUGUGUCAGAUUGGUUUCCAAAGCCAAAACCGGCAAACCCACGCGUUCAUAGCCCUAGUGGUGAGCGGAUUAAGGUGCUGCACUUGUCUGAUUUUCAUCUGGAUCCACGUUACUCCGUGAAUUCGGAGGCAAACUGCUCGUCGGGCAUGUGCUGCCGGAGCAAUCUAUACAACUCGUAUUCAGAGGACCAGGUUCUCCUUCCAGCUUCUGUCUAUGGAUCAUACAAAUGUGAUACACCAUAUGACCUUGGUCUUGCCGCUCUGGAAGCUGUUGGUCCUUUGACUGGGACUGACAAGGACAAGAAUCCUUUAGCCUUCACAUUGUAUACAGGAGAUUUAGUCUCGCAUGAUGACCCUGCUACUCAAGUUGAUCGGGCCUAUACGCAAUAUACGGAGACUAGUGUAUACGGCAUGCUGAAGUCGUACCUCUCAGGUCCAGUCUUCGCUGCUUUGGGCAACCACGACACUAGCCCUGAGAACAUUGAAUCUCCACACACCCUUCCAGGACCAUUGGGCCAGCAACAGAGUUGGAACUAUGAUCAUGUUGCAGAGCUGUGGCGACACGAAGGGUGGAUCGAUGAUGCUGCUGUACAGGAAGCCAAGCUUCAUUAUGGGGCAUACAGCAUUAAAACCCAUUAUGGAUUGCGCGUUAUCACGUUCAACACAGAUUUCUGGUACAAGUCUAACUAUCUGAACCUUAUCAACACGACAAACCCUGACAAUUCCGGAAUCUUUGCUUGGAUGAUCUCCGAGCUUCAGGAAGCAGAGGACCAUGGCGAGCGUGUUUGGCUCGUUGGCCACGUUCUGUCCGGAUGGGAUGGGUCCAAUCCUCUCCCUAAUCCUACGAAUCUCUUCUACCAGAUUGUCGACCGCUAUUCCCCUCAUGUUAUUGCAAACAUAUUCUUCGGUCACACACAUGAAGAUCAAUUCAUGGUAUACUACGCGAACAAUGGUACAAUGCAGAAUGCCGAAAAUGCUUUGACCACUGGCUGGAUUGGACCCAGCGUAACCCCUCUGACAAAUCUAAACAGCGGCUUCAGAUUGUACGAAGUGGAUACAGGGGACUUCAACAUCUACGAGGCAUAUACCUUCUUUAGCAACGUGUCCGAUUUCAGCUCUCUUACGGAGACGGGACCUGUAUAUCAGUUCGAAUAUUCUACCCGGGACACAUAUGGCUCUGCCGCUGGGUGGGACAAGGAGGCCCCCCUGAAUGCCACAUUCUGGCAUCAGGUUACCGAAGCUAUGGAGCGGGAUGGAGACUUAGUAACCCUGCAAAAUGAGCUCCAGGGUAAGAUGAGUGUCAAGAGUCCUAAGUGCACGACUGCGGAUUGCUGGAAAGCCAAGAUCUGCUACAUGAGGAGCGGAAGUGUGGCCCUCGGCAAGCAAUGUACUCAAGGGUACGGGUCUGUCCAAAGCGCAUUUAAGCCAUCUACGAAGUGAAGCCAUACUCGUUGUAUGGGUCUUCUACUAGUAUACCAGAACCAGAGUUAUUUGCUUUUUAACCAUUUAAUGUACUCUACACAUGUAUCAUUUGUGCUCAAUG